CAAUGACGAAAUGUCAAAUUCGUUGUUUUCAAUUUUUGAUUUAUUGAUUAUGAAAUAAUAACUUCAUCUUUAUUUUUGAUGCGCAAUAACAUAAUAUUUACUCACGACGAAAGUAUGUUAUAUUGUUAAAAUGAAUAAAUCUAUAUACCCAAUCAUAUGUUCCAAACCCAUAUGUUUUCAGCCUCGCUUAUGUAUAAACAUAAAAGCUUUAAAGACUAAAUCCCAAAAAAAGGUCGAGGAAAGCUACAAAGUAUUAGAUAUUCCUCAAAACUCUAGUCAUGAUGUAGUCAAGCAAGCAUUUUUCGAACUUGCUAAAAAAUACCACCCAGACUCCAAUUCGCCUGAUGCAGAUAUUGAAAAGUUUGUUGUAAUAGAAAAUGCUUUUAGAGUUCUUUCAAAGCACAACACAGGGUCUGCAAAAUCUGAAGAAAUUGAAAAAAUGGUCUUCGAUAUCAGACAUACAGCACCACAGCACCGUCAGUAUCUAAGCUUCGAAGGAGUAGGUCACGGCACACCCUUCCAAAGAGAGAAGCAAUGGACUCAAGUAAGAGCCCAAAGAGCUGCUAACAAUGUCAUGGAGCACAGAAUGGCUAAAGCAGUAGCAUCUGAAAACACCCUUAUGAAGAAGGGAUCUAUGAAAAAGCAUGAUAUUAAAACCAAGUACGGGUUUGAUAGACUUGUAGAGGAUCUUAUACAAGAGUCAAUGUCUAAAGGGGAGUUUGAGAAUUUAAGCGGAAAAGGGAAACCUUUGAAGGAUCAAAAUCGAAAUCCCUAUGUUGACUUUACUACCCAUAAACUUAAUGAGGUUUUAAUUAACAAUGGUAUAACACCAGAAUGGAUAACUAUGAGUAAGGAAAUAGAACAAGACAUUGAAGCACUAAAAGAAGAAAUAAAAAAGGACAGAAUGUAUUUAGGACCAUACCCUCUAAAUGAAGUUGAUACCGCAAAAUGGCAAAGAAUAUAUGAAAGUAAUAAAUUGCUGGCAAAGUCUAUCAAUAAUAAAAUAAAUACAUACAACCUAAUUGUACCACUUAUUAAUAAACAAAAGUUUCAUAUCGAAUUUGAUAAAAUUUGCAAUGAUAUUCUCGAGAAUGGCAUACAUUCAAUUGAUAAACAUGUUGAGGAACAAAAGAUAGUGCCAAGUAUUUCGGUGCAGGAGAGUGAUGAUAUUCUUGGAGUGUUUUUUAAAGCUUUAAGUGAAUUACUUUUUUCUAAGGGAAAUGAAAAGAAGAAAGUUGACAAUUGAUUGGUAUUAAUGGGACAUAUUAGAUAUAGUGUAUUGAGGUUAUACCAAGAAUUAUCAAAAUCAAAAUAUAUUUAAUUCAAGCACUUUUGAGAAUAUUUUCUUAUUAUUUAGUUAUAUUUUUCAAUCCAUAUAAUUUUGCUUGAUUUUUUUUAUUAUUAGAGUAAAAAUCAAUUAUAUUAACAACCACUGUGAUAUUAGUUAGUCAUAAAUUAGGAAUAGUGUUAUUUAUUUUGGAAAUAAAAUAUUAUUUAUA